ACAGAAGUCGGGAGCCGCCUAAGCUUUGUCCCCUUUGCGCAGCUCGGUGAAUCCCCAGGGCGCGCCAGGACUGACCAAGUCCGUUUUGCUUUUCCCAUAUCCAUCACUCUUCCUUCGUUUCGUGUUUGUUUGGCUUCAUCCCGGCUCUUUUCGUCUCUCACAGAUCGCAGUCAUGCAGGCUCUUCGACGCGGUGUCUCCUCGGCCUUCCAGAACGCUGCUGCCGUGCAGCGACGCAGCUAUCAACAGGCCAGCUCAGCGUAUGCUCAGACUGUCAAGAAUCUCCGGAUAAACAGUGACACCAAGGUGAUCUUCCAGGGUUUCACUGGUAAGCAGGGAACGUUCCACGCUGAACAGGCUAUCGCCUACGGCACGAAGGUCGUGGGAGGAACAAACCCCAAGAAGGCCGGUUCGACUCAUCUGGGCAAGCCUGUCUUUGCCAACGUUAGCGAUGCCGUAAAGGAAACAGGUGCUACGGCCUCUGCCAUCUUCGUCCCCCCACCGCUGGCCGCUGCGGGUAUCGAAGAAGCUAUUGCGGCAGAGAUUCCCCUCGUUGUUUGCAUUACGGAAGGAAUCCCGCAACAUGAUAUGGUUCGCAUCACCGACAUGCUGAAGACUCAGAGCAAGACUCGCCUGGUCGGCCCCAACUGCCCCGGAAUCAUCGCUCCCGGCCAAUGCAAGAUUGGUAUCAUGCCUGGAUUCAUUCACAAGCGCGGUCGUAUCGGUAUUGUCUCUCGCUCCGGAACUCUGACUUACGAGGCUGUCAACCAGACGACCCAGGCUGGUCUUGGUCAGUCUCUGGUCGUCGGAAUUGGUGGUGACCCCUUCAGCGGCACCAACUUCAUCGACUGCCUGCGCAUCUUCCUCGAGGAUGAGGAGACUGACGGUAUCAUCAUGAUCGGUGAGAUCGGUGGUAGCGCUGAGGAGGACGCCGCCGAAUUCCUGAAGAGCGAGAACAAAUACAACAAGCCCGCCGUUGGAUUCAUCGCCGGUAUCAGUGCUCCCCCCGGACGACGAAUGGGUCAUGCCGGUGCCAUUGUCAGCGGUGGCAAGGGAGGCGCCGACUCGAAGAUCUCCGCGCUCGAGGCUGCUGGUGUCAUCGUUGAGAGAAGCCCUGCUGCCCUGGGCAAGGCCCUUCUGAAUGAGUUCGUGAAGAGAGAUCUCGUCUAAGAUGUUAUCGCCGUGCCGGUAACCGUUUCUAUGCUACAUUUUUUUUUUUCUUUGGCCAUGUCGGAUAUGUGUAUCUUGUCGGAGAGAGGAAUUCGGGUCAGGAACAUACCCUCAGCCAGACGGACAGUAGCGGCUGUUCCCGGAUUAGCCGCCUAA